CAAAAAAAUAAAAAAUAAAAUAAAAAAACAAAAAAGCAAAAAAUGAAUAAAAGCACUGUCUCUUCCCUAAAGAAAAUGACACUUGUUGUUAAUCCUGCAGCACGAGUUACUUCACCACUAUCUCUUCCUUUCCUCUUCAAACCCUAAAAAAAUCCUCAAUUUUUUCAUCUCAAUCCAAAAAAUCACACAAAAAAAAAAAGCUAAUUUUUUUAGCAACACUUUCUCAGUGUAUUUCAAAAUGGGUGAACCAAACACACCCCAAGAGAAUGAACACUGAAAAUUCUUCACUCUUUUCUUCUUCAGCAUUGUUCUUCCAAUGGGAAAAGCCGAAGAAGAACAACACCUGCCACGUGGCGUUACAUCAUCGGAUCAACCGCAAAAUGCGGAAACAGAGUGUCGGUGCAGUUAUUCUCGGAUUCGAAAACUGUUUGGUUUCAGAUGCAUUCUCGUUUUCCUCUUCUCUCUUGCUCUGUUCCUCUCUGCUUUGUUUUGGUUACCCCCUUUCAUAGAUCACAACAAUUUGCACGAUGAUUCCAAAUAUAAAGGUUAUGAUAUUGUUGCAAGCUUUAUUGUUAAUAAGCCAGUCACUGUGCUAGAAGAUAACAAAUUUCAGCUCGAGUCUGAAAUUCUUGAAGAGAUUGAAGCUCCUAAAGUGACCAUCUUGUCUCUAGACCCGUUACCUCGGCCAAACAACACAAAAGUGGUAUUUGCAGUCGAUCCUGAUGGUGAAAACUCAGAAACGCCGUCGCCUGCCAUUAGUUUGAUAAGAUCAUUAUUUGGGUCCUUGGUAAUACGCCAAUCAGUUCUCCGGCUCACUUCAUCCUUGUUCGGAGAUCCCUAUUUUUUUGAAGUGCUGAAAUUUAAAGGAGGAAUUACUAUAAUUCCACAACAGAAGGCAUUUCCUCUGCAAACAGUGCAAACAAAAUUCAACUUUUCUUUGAAUUUUCCCAUUUAUCAAAUACAAUCAAAUCUGAAUGAGCUGACAAGUCAGCUAAAGUCAGGAUUACGUCUGACAUCCUAUGAGAACUUGAAUGUCAUCUUAUCAAACUCCGAAGGUUCAACAGUAGAUGCUCCUACUACUAUUCAAUCAUCUGUUCUAUUUGCGGUUGGGAUUCCUUCAUCAAAACAGAGGCUAAAGCGAUUGGCGCAAACCAUCAUGGGACGUCAUAAUCUUGGCUUGAAUAACACUGAAUUUGGCAAGGUUAAGCAUGUCAGACUUUCAUCCAUCUUGCAGCACUCCCUUAAUGGCAGUGAUACUGCGAGAUCACCUUCUCCUGCUCCUGUUCCCCAUUCCCCGCACCAUCACCACCAUCACCAUCACCACCAUCACCACCACCAUCAUCAUCACCAUCACAAUACUCGCCUAACUCCUGCAACUUCUCCCAUACCUGCACCUGCACCUAAACCUGGGGAGGGUGCAACUCCACCUGAGGUUGGCUCUCCUGCUACUACAAAAAGUGCACCUGCACCACACAAAAGUUCUCAAGCUCAGCCUCCUGAUUGUCCAUUCGAGCGUAGAAAAAGGUCUAGACGUAGUGCUGGGAGACAUACUUAUCUAACACCUGCGGUUGCCCCUAGUAUUGAACAUCAUCAUCCUGUUCCUAUUUCAUCACCAAAACCACAGGUUGAACCCCCUACACAUGCUUCUCAUCCAGUACCUGCUUUCAGUCCUUUGCCAAAUGUAGCUUUUGCUCAUGCUGAGCCUCCACCUAAGCGGGAACCAGCUGCAGAACAACCGUCCACACAACCUCAUGGGCUAUCAAUAUCUUCAUCUUCUGCAGGUUGUCUUAGAACUGUGAAAUGGACAUCUUUAAUAUUUCUUGUACUUGUGUUACAUGUGUGACAAAGUACUAAACUUGUAUCAUUUUGGAAGACAAACAUUACUAUGAAUGUGAGCUACGCAAAGUGUGAGCUACACAUAUAUGAGUGGAUAUAAGUUGUCAUCAUCAUGUAUGUAAAUAGUUGAUUCAAAAUAUCCAGAUGGUGUAUGUAUGCUUUUUCAGGUCAAAGUUCAUAAGUGACAGGCCUUGAUUACAUGCAUAUUACCUUUGUUUUGUGAUGUAAGAUGAAAAACAAAAAAUGAAAGAAAAAAAAAAAAGAUGAAGAAAAGUAACAAAUCCUUUUCAAUAAAUCUCUCUGUUGGAUGAGGUUGACAAGGAAAAAUGUUCCACCAAUGAUGGCAAUGGAAGUCACGGUUUUUGUUGUAAUGUUAAUGCUUUUAGUAGUUCACAAUUUCUCUAUUUUUUUUUCUAUCUUCACGAGCUUAAUAGACAACUUGUAAGUACUGCCAAAGAACAUACUUUUCCUAAUAUACAUCUUGGAGAUCACUAUUUUAGUA